AGUCAACCGCCAUCUCUGUGGCGAGGCCGGCCGUUCACGCGAUGCUGUCUCUCUUGCUGCUCCUCUCAGAACUGUGCCGGCUGACCUCCGCGGGCCAUCCCUCGAGUGCCCAGUCACCCAGGAUGCCCAAGGAUGAGCCAGCACAGCUGAAAGCGACUGCGAGGCCCUGGUCCUCACCCCCAGGGCCCGGGGGCCUAGCGCGCUGAACCCCUGACUGCUGCUGCCCGCGAGCCUCACGGCUGCCCAACGGUCUCUGACCUUGGCCGUGCUUCCAGCGCCCCGCCCAGCGAUGUUCCUCCUCGUUGCCCUGCUUGCUGAGCUUGGAGGGCUACACGCUCUCCAGGAUUCUGAGGGAAUAUUCCUGUAUGUCACAGUUCCACAGAAGAUGAGGUCGAAUGAGAGUGAAGAUUCAGAGAAGCAGGUGACUUAUAUCAUUACAAUUGAUAAAAAACCAUACACUCUGCAUCUCAGGAAACACUCAUUCGUAUCCCAGAACUUUUUGGUUUAUACAUAUAAUGAAACUGGAUCUUUGCAUUCUGAGUCUUCAUAUUUUAAGAUGCAUUGCCAUUACCAAGGAUACGUUGCAGAUUUUCCAAAUUCAGUCGUGACACUCAGCAUCUGUUCUGGACUCAGGGGAUUUCUUCAGUUUGAAAAUAUCAGCUAUGGAAUUGAGCCAUUGGAAUCUUCAGCAAGGUUCGAGCACAUAAUUUAUCAAGUGAAAAAUGACAAUCCAGAUAUGCCAAUGUUAGCAGAAAAUUACAGCAAUAUUUGGCAGAAAGACCAGCCCUAUAAAGUCCAUUUAAACUCACAGGAAAAAACUCUUUCAGAACUAUUACCCCAGUAUCUAGAAAUGCACAUUAUAGUGGAUAAAGCUUUGCAUGAUUAUAUGGGAUCAGAAACGAUGGCUGUAAUGCAGAAAAUUAUUCAGCUUAUUGGCCUUGUCAACGCAAUGUUUAGUCAGUUCAAAUUGACUGUGAUACUAUCCUCCUUGGAAUUGUGGUCAGAUAAAAACCAAAUUUCUACUAAUGGGGAUGCUGAUGAUUUAUUACAAAGAUUUUUGACAUGGAAACAGGACUAUCUUAUCCUACGGCCCCAUGACGUAACAUUCUUACUUAUUUACAGGAAACAGCCUAAAUAUGUGGGAGCAACAUUUCCUGGCACAAUAUGCAAUAAAAGCUGUGAUGCAGGUAUUGCUAUGUAUCCAGGUGCAAUAACAUUGGAGGGAUUUUCCGUUAUUAUAGCUCAACUGCUUGGCCUUAAAAUAGGAUUAACAUAUGAUGACAUCCGUAAAUGUUCCUGUCCAAGCGCUAUGUGCAUAAUGAAUCAUGAAGCAGUGGUUUCCAGUGGUAUAAAGAUGUUUAGCAACUGCAGCAUGCGUGACUAUAGAUAUUUUGUUUCAACAUUUGAGGGUCAGUGUCUUCAGAACUUUUCAAAACUGAAACCAUUAUAUCAAAAUCAGUCGGUGUGUGGUAAUGGGAUUUUGGAACCUCAGGAAGAAUGUGACUGUGACAGUGAACAGGAUUGUCAGUUUAAGGACUGCUGUGAUUAUAAUACAUGUAAACUGAAAGGCUCAGUAAAAUGUGGUUCUGGAUCAUGCUGUACAUCAAAAUGUGAGAUAUCAGCAGCAGGCACUCCCUGUAGAAAAAGUGUCGAUCAAGAGUGUGACUUUACCGAGUAUUGCAAUGGGACUUCCAGUGAUUGCAUUCCUGACGCAUAUGCAAUGAACGGCCAGUUGUGCAGGUUGGGAACUGCAUACUGUUACAAUGGACGAUGCCAAACUACCGAUAACCAGUGUGCCAAGAUAUUUGGAAAAGGUGCUCAAGGUGCUCCAUUUGCCUGUUUUGAAGAAGUUAAUUCUCUGCGUAAUAGUCUUGGAAACUGUGGUUUUAAAAACUCCCAACCAUUACCUUGUGAACAGAAGGAUGUUCUUUGUGGAAAAUUGGCUUGUGUUUGGCCACAUAAUACUACUUACAAAAGUGAUGUUCGAUCUGCAGUUUAUUCAUCUACUCAAGGACAUGUAUGCAUAACUAUUGGGUCAUCAGUGAGAUCAGGUGGAAGAGAUUAUGCCUAUGUGGCUGAUGGCACUGUGUGUGGUCCACAAAUGUAUUGUAUAAAUAAAACCUGCAAAGAAGUUCCUUUAAUGGGGUAUAAUUGUAAUGCCACUACAAAAUGCAGAGGAAAUGGGAUAUGUAAUAAUUUAGGCAAUUGUCAUUGCUUUCCUGGGUAUAGGCCUCCAGAUUGUGAAUUACAAAUUGGUUCACCGGGAGGAAGUAUUGAUGAUGGAAAUGAUCAUAAAUCUGUUACAAUUUUUACUAAAAAAGGCUACAAUGCACAUCAGAACUGGCUUAUUUUGAGUUUCUACAUUGUUCUGCCCUUUUUCAUAAUUUUCACCAUUAUGAUCAUGAAGCGAAAUGAAAUAAGAAAAUCAUGCAACGAAGAGAGUGCAGAAUAUGAGGGUCAUUCAGCCAUUGUACCAGAGAGUUAUGACGUGGACUAUUAAUGUUGCCAAGAACUUCAUCAUCAAGUGGGUUACAUGCAGAAGAGAAGGUGUUUUAUAACCCUAUGAUACCACUGAAUACGUUUAAAAUGUCAAAUUUUUGAA